CCAGCCUGCAGAGGGACUUUUGCAGCGCCUCCAGGCUCCCUUUGAGAAGUCGCCACGGUGUGCAGCUCUCUCCAGGCGGAGCUCCCGGGGCUCAGCUGCGGUGCCAGCCUCGAAGCAGAUGCAGAAUCCAAAGGCAGCGCAGACACCAGCCGGCGAUUCUGCUAUGCCUCUGAGCUGCCAGACAAUCAGACAGCUAAAUGGAGUCUGAGCAGCUGUUCCAUAGAGGCUACUAUAGAAACAGCUACAACAGUAUAACCAGUGCGAGUAGUGACGAGGAGCUGUUAGAUGGAGCAGGUGUUAUUAUGGACUUUCAGACUUCUGAAGAUGACAAUUUGUUAGAUGGUGACACAGCAGUGGGAACUCACUAUACAAUGACAAAUGGAGGUAGCAUUAAUAGUUCCACUCACUUACUGGACCUUUUGGAUGAGCCAAUUCCAGGUGUUGGUACAUACGAUGACUUCCACACUAUUGACUGGGUGCGAGAGAAAUGUAAAGAUAGAGAAAGGCACAGGCGGAUCAACAGCAAAAAGAAGGAAUCAGCAUGGGAAAUGACAAAAAGCUUAUAUGACGCAUGGUCAGGAUGGUUAGUAGUAACAUUAACAGGAUUGGCAUCAGGGGCAUUGGCUGGAUUAAUAGACAUUGCUGCUGAUUGGAUGACUGACUUAAAGGAGGGCAUUUGCCUCAGUGCAUUGUGGUACAACCAUGAACAGUGUUGUUGGGGAUCUAAUGAAACAACUUUUGAAGAGCGGGAUAAAUGUCCACAAUGGAAAACAUGGGCAGAAUUAAUCAUAGGUCAAGCAGAGGGUCCUGGUUCUUACAUCAUGAACUAUAUAAUGUACAUCUUCUGGGCUUUGAGCUUUGCUUUUCUUGCAGUAUCUCUGGUAAAGGUGUUUGCUCCAUAUGCCUGCGGAUCUGGAAUUCCGGAGAUUAAAACUAUUUUGAGUGGAUUCAUCAUCAGAGGUUAUUUGGGAAAAUGGACUUUAAUGAUUAAAACCAUCACGUUAGUACUGGCUGUGGCAUCGGGUUUGAGUUUAGGAAAAGAAGGUCCCCUGGUACACGUUGCUUGUUGCUGUGGAAAUAUCUUUUCCUACCUCUUUCCAAAGUACAGCACAAAUGAAGCUAAAAAAAGGGAGGUGCUAUCAGCUGCCUCAGCUGCAGGUGUUUCCGUAGCUUUUGGUGCACCAAUUGGAGGAGUUCUUUUUAGCCUGGAGGAGGUUAGCUACUAUUUCCCUCUCAAAACUUUAUGGAGAUCAUUUUUUGCUGCUUUAGUGGCUGCAUUUGUUUUGCGAUCCAUCAAUCCAUUUGGUAACAGCCGGCUGGUCCUUUUUUAUGUGGAGUAUCAUACACCAUGGUACCUUUUUGAACUGUUUCCUUUUAUUCUCCUAGGGGUGUUUGGAGGGCUUUGGGGAGCCUUUUUCAUUAGGGCAAACAUUGCCUGGUGUCGUCGACGCAAAUCCACCAGAUUUGGAAAGUAUCCUGUUCUUGAAGUCAUUAUUGUUGCAGCCAUUACUGCCGUGAUAGCCUUCCCUAAUCCAUACACUAGGCUCAACACCAGUGAACUGAUCAAAGAGCUUUUUACAGAUUGUGGUCCCCUGGAAUCCUCUUCUCUUUGUGACUACAGAAAUGACAUGAAUGCCAGUAAAAUUGUUGAUGAUAUUCCUGACCGUCCAGCCGGCGUUGGAGUAUACUCAGCUAUUUGGCAGCUAUGCUUGGCACUCAUAUUUAAAAUCAUAAUGACAGUAUUCACUUUUGGUAUUAAGGUUCCAUCAGGCCUGUUCAUCCCCAGCAUGGCCAUUGGUGCGAUUGCAGGAAGGAUUGUGGGGAUUGCAGUGGAACAGCUUGCCUAUUAUCACCACGACUGGUUUAUAUUCAAGGAGUGGUGUGAGGUCGGGGCCGAUUGCAUUACACCGGGCCUUUAUGCUAUGGUUGGCGCCGCUGCAUGUUUAGGUGGUGUGACAAGAAUGACUGUCUCUCUGGUGGUUAUUGUUUUUGAACUCACUGGAGGCUUGGAAUAUAUUGUUCCUCUUAUGGCUGCAGUAAUGACCAGUAAAUGGGUUGGAGAUGCCUUUGGUAGAGAGGGCAUUUAUGAAGCACACAUCCGAUUAAAUGGAUACCCUUUCUUGGAUGCAAAAGAAGAAUUUACUCAUACUACCCUUGCUGCUGAUGUCAUGAGACCUAGAAGGAAUGACCCUCCCUUAGCUGUUCUCACGCAGGACAAUAUGACUGUGGAUGAUAUAGAAAACAUGAUUAAUGAAACCAGCUACAAUGGCUUUCCUGUCAUAAUGUCAAAAGAAUCUCAGAGAUUAGUGGGAUUUGCUCUCAGAAGAGACCUGACAAUUGCAAUAGAAAGCGCCAGGAAGAAACAAGAAGGCAUCGUCGGCAGCUCCCGUGUGUGCUUUGCGCAGCACACCCCGUCCCUUCCCGCAGAAAGCCCUCGGCCGCUGAAACUUCGAAGCAUCCUCGACAUGAGCCCUUUCACCGUGACAGACCACACCCCCAUGGAGAUUGUGGUGGACAUCUUCCGAAAGCUGGGUCUGAGGCAGUGCCUUGUAACUCACAACGGGAUUGUCUUGGGGAUCAUCACAAAGAAGAACAUUUUAGAGCAUCUCGAGCAACUAAAGCAGCACGUGGACCCCUUGACGCCUCCUUGGCAUUAUAACAAAAAAAGAUAUCCUCCGUCAUAUGGCCCAGACGGCAAACCAAGACCCCGCUUCAAUAAUGUUCAACUGAACCUCGUAGAUGAGGAGAGAGAAGAAACAGAAGAGGAAGUUCAUUUGUUGAAUAGCACAACUCUUUAAUAUGGGGGAGUCGUCCACAUUUUUUUCUUCUUAAAAAAAAAAGGAGAUAUGAAGGCAGAGCAUUUGCAACAUGGGUUUGCAAAUAAUGCUGGUGGAAUGAAUUGUCUCAGGAGGGAAAGGAGAAGGAAAGGAAUAAGGUAUUUCCCUGUCUAACAGAGAUGAGCAAACCGCCUUCUGUUGUUCUGCAACUGGAUGUGUUCACAGACAACGUGCCGUGAUGGUGCAGGCCUGAGCCUCAAUGGAGAUGAAUGACCUCAAAAUUCACGAGCACCUGGCCUGUUAAUCCAACAUCUUAAAGACACGUUCUCAGUCCCUGUUUCUGGAGGGAUUCCUUUGAAUUGAGCCAUCAGUAAGACUGCAAGGUCUUGCCCCUCUUUUUUUUUUUAAAUCUGAACUGUUCUGUUUAAUUCAUGAAUUCUGUAGUUAAGCAUUACCUUUCUACAUUCCAGAAGAGCUUUUAUUUCUCUCUCUCUCUUUCUCUCCUGAGCUAUAACAAAGCCUUUUGAAUUGGUGUACCCUUUUGAAGCAGUCCUUUCUCAUAUUGAGAUGUACUGUGAUUUUACAGAGGUUUCAUCACAAGAAGGGUGUGUUUCUUGUGCCAUUAACCAUGUAGUUUAUACCAUCACUAAAGGCUUGGAACAGCACACACACCACAUCAAAGGCUGGCCAAACAGGUAAAAUCUUGAAUGAAGUGUGAAUGAAAUCUCCCAGUUAGUAGGCUUUGUGAUUCAGAAUCAAAAACUUUGACUUUAAAGGAUAAACAGUCUUAUUUUUUUCCUUACAGACUUAUGGAAAAUGUGACCUGGUCUUAUGCAAAUUUUCUAUUUCUAAAACUACUACUAUGGUAUAGAAGUGCUGUUCAGCAUAAUUAAACAAUGCUGCUGCUGUGACAGUAAAGAGAAGGAAGUGUUCUGUUUAGCUGUAUCUGGUAUUAAAUGCAUGAUAAAACACUGGAAUUUUUUUCUUGGAAUUAGAUAAGUCAUUUUCUUUCCUCAAGAUGCAUUGCUGACACUGAAGAUGAAUUGUAAUUCAUAACUUGCACUAAAUGUAUAUUUCUUUUCUUAAAAUUUACCAUUCUUAUUUAUAUUUUUAUGGAUUAAAAUUUAUAAAAUACAGAUCAGUUAAUAUCGCACUUAAAUAAUUUUACCUUUUUAAUGUGAUUUUUAUAUACUAAUUCAGACUUACAAAUAUGGAGAUAUGAACAAAGUUUACAAUGGAAGCAAGUGUUUAGAAGAGGUGGUUACUUUUUGGUGAUCUAGUGUGUACAAAAUCUUUAUCUGAUCUCUCACUGCCAUUUCCUGGAUUGUCCUCUGACCUGUCCAUUUUGGCCUACAAACUAGAAAGUUGAAAACACCACAAAUUACUCAAUAGACUAAAACCCAAAAGUUAAUGUUUAAAGUUUUUCUAGAAAACAAAACAAAAAAGAAAGAAAAUAAAUCGCAAAGGUAGUACUUAAAAUUCUCAUCUCACUAUAACUUUUCAUCUCUGGGUAAAUCAUACUCAUUUUUGGAAGUGUUCCGUGGUGGUUUGAGUAGCUACAUUGCACAUUUCUGUAGAGUCAGUUAAAAUGUACUAGUUGCGUUUAGAAUGUUUUGGUUUUCGAAUCAUGGUACUUCACUAUUGGCAAGGGCAGUUACUCUAAGGACUGGCCUAAAUAUCCUGAUUGUGCAUUUUUGAUAGGCAAAUGAAUUUUUGCAGACAGACAUUUUCUGAAACAUCACUGGCAAUGAGCCAUUUUUACAUUUUGAAAGAUGCUUCACUUCCUAGUUAAUAAUAAUAUGCCUGUAGCAUCUGCAAAACCACGUAAGAUCUGUGUGAUCUUGAAGACUUAAGAUCAUGAAGCCAUAUUAGUGAUUGAAAGUUGAGCAAAAUUUUAGGAAUUUUGUGAAACAUUCUUACCUGUGCUAUCUGCCAAAAAUUAUUAUCCUCAUUAUUUACUAUUUUGGGCAGAUUUCAAGUAUUUGUCACAGGCCUCUCAAAGUUCUUUUGGAUAUCCAGAGUGAAGAUUUCUAAAUGACAGUUCUGUGUUUCUUCCACUUUUAUUUGUAAAGCAUUGCUAGACUAUGAACUAACUCCUUAGCAUGGCUGACAGAAAACUAUCUGGAAUUUUAAGCCUUCAAAGGAGAAACCAGUGUUUUUGCAAAUAGUUGCAUACAUAAAAUACAUAUGGAUUUUUCUCCAAAAUUUUCUUUUUAAAUUCAGACCUUAAUUUCAUUGCCCAUUUUUCAUCAGAGAUUGACAUUUCAGGGUCAAUAUUAAAGCAUAAAUUUUCUUUGGUAUAUUUCUAUUUCUGAGAUGUCUUACUGCUGAAAUACAGGAAAAGUGCCGUAUUUUUAAUGCAUUCUGAGGUUUUCUUUCAUACUACCAUCUGUUUCAUUCUUCCUUUUGAUAUAUUGAGGUUUGUCUGCUUUUCAACCAAAUGAACUAGUGGAGACCAUAAAAAUACAUGUGCCUAGCUAAUUGGCAAACUAAUUGACCAAUAUAAUAAACGUAGCGCCUUAUUUGAGUACCCUCUUUGAGAAGGUAUGAUGAGAAUGGGCAAGAGUGUCAGCAUUUCUUCCUCUUAAUAAUUGUUUUCAGUUUUGGUUCAUGAAGAAUGUUUAGUUUGUUAAUCUGUGAUGUUGCCUAGAGCUGUAUUUAUCUGUUUUUAUUUAUACUAGUGUAGUAAAGCUGCAUAUCAUUACAGUAAAAGUGAUUACUGUGAUGAGUUAAUCAAAAAAUCUAUUAAAAUCUAUAUGAUGAUG